CUCGACCCGGAGGAACUUGUGGUGUAAAUCCGCAUUAUCGAAUUAAUUCCUACCGUUCAGACUGAUCAAUAAAUAAUCAACGGGCUAAUUAAUAAUCAAAUCUAGGCAUCACUGGUUUCGAAUAAAUGAAUUGUAACUUGAGCGAUGGGAUCGGUUACCCCGGAGACGAGAAUUCACAACAUUGUUGAGUGCAUUCGAUUGCUCUCGAGAAUGAUCGGCCCUUUUUGAACCCGAAAUUGCAAUUUGUUAAAAUAAGACUGUAGAAAAUGAGAUUUAAUCCACCAUGGGCUAUCGCUGUGCUGAUGUCAAUGUCCAUUCAUGCAGGAAGGGCUAUUGACUGCUUCAAGUGUGUCUCACUUGGUGGUGACAACAAAGCCUGCGACGAUCCGUUUCACAACAAUGGAUCUCUUGAAUUCUUAGAGUCUCCUUGUCUUGGAGGUAGAAAAGGUCGGGACGGCCUUUUUCCAGCGACUGCUUGCAUAAAACUAGAUGGAGUUUACGAUGAAUCCGGUGUGUCUCUGACGAUUCGGAGUUGUGCGUUAGACAGUGGAACUUUGACAACCGAUUCAGAGCUAGUGAGAUCGUCGCACUGCGGUGGAUUUUAUUUCAAUGGAAAGUACCUGCGAGGAUGCGUGCAAUCGUGCAGCGAUUCAGACGCGUGCAACAGCAGUCCCUCCACCAGGAAAAAUCUUAUUGUCGAUCUAAUGUUGAUUUUAACGACUCUAGGAUCGAUUUCCGGUUACACGAUCGUCUUUAUCAGAUAAUACCAGUAGUUUUUGAUAGUGGAUAUUUAACUAUCGUACUGCCACCAUCGAAAUCGCCCUAGCUCUGACUCCCAUUAAAAAUCGUUAUCAAAUUUAUUAUCAAUUUAUUAUAAUGAAAUGUUGAUUUUUGUUAAAAUAAAAUUGAAGAAUCGGCGAAAUACGCGGAAACAAAUCGUUCUGCCAUUCAUCAAUUUUAUAAUAAAUUAUGAAAUAUUUUUUACUAAUUAUAUCCUCGAAUAA